AUGUCACUUGCGGAGGGUACACCAAAGCGCGGGCGCGCAACGUUGCAAGCUCGCUCAACCCGUCAACGAGCAAUCUUCCUCUCAAGAUCAAACAUCCGCCUCGCGUCCGUCCAGCUUUCGUGUCCGGAGAAGCUCGAAUUUGAAUCGGACAUUGGCCACACUGAGAACAUCGGUUCCCGAUUAGUAGACGAUCCUGCUCAUCGCAACAAUUUCGAUCUCUGGGAGCAAUUGCUGCGCUACCGGCAACGGCACUAUGGUGACAGAGGGACCUUGGAUAUAUGGGUGGCUGUAACAGAUCGAGUUGAUAGCAUGGAUCUUCCUGUUGUUGGAGCACAGGCAGAUCUCUUCUGGCAGAGCUUCAUAGACCUGGGGCUCAAACGAGAGGUCAUAAUGAGGGAGCUUGUGGAUUAUGCACAUGGACUGUGGUCGAGGACCGGAAGGCGAUGGGACAAAUUCUAUGAGAGUGUCAUUGGCGGAUUUCUCGAGCGCGGCAUGACACAGCAGGCUUCUAGCUGGCAUAAGAAACUUCAUCAUCCUCAUCUAUCGUCCCCGGAUGAUAUUGCGAAAGUCCUAACACCGGCGCUGGCACUUUCCGACGAGCCGACGAGAAUUAUAAUGGCAUCGAGUGUCAAACGACGCCCUGUGUCUCCUGGCAUCAACGCCUUCAAGAACAUAUGUCGUCUCACCGACGGCCACCAGAUAUACGAUCAUGCCAUCGGACAACUGUUGCGGGCAGAUCGGAUCGAGGACGCGUUUUCAAUGCAUACGUUCCUGAUUCAACGUCAGGACCAUCCACGAACCUAUGAGGCAAUUCAGCGCUUACUCCAAUGUGCAAAGGAAAAUAAACCGCGCAAAUUCUUUGAAAAGCUCCAGGAUUACACCAAAGAGCGCUUUCCAGCUGAAGGCGAACUGACCGGGGAUACCGAUUCGGCUAAAUCUGACGACACAAUCGAGCUGUCCAGGAAAGUUUGGCUGGAGGAGAAACCGUUCAAAGAUGAGUUUGGGGCACGACUAUUUGCGACCAAAGCCCUAGCAUUUGAGACGAUCGUGGCUGGAUUACGAAUGUUUGGUGUAAGAGCGAUCGGGCCGCAGUCAUUGCGAGAAAUGGCCAUUCGAGUGCAUGGGAGUCAGGAUCUCCUGGCCAAGUUACAGGAACUUCAGAGAGCUGGCAUCUCUAUCGGUGAUACAGUUUUUGCACGACUGAUCCGUAAAUUAGCUUCGGAAAAUCGUGACAUACUUCUGUCGGAUCUACUCCAUAGCGACCAGCAUCCCGACGUACUCGAAGAUGCACAGAUGCAAGAGUCCCUGCUUAUAUCUUAUUAUAUCGCCCGCGAUUGGCGUCCCUACAACAUGACGCUGGCUAUACUUAGCGAAAUAUCCCAUGAUGAUCCCCAAUUAUCCAACAUCCACUUUAGGAAAUUUAUCGCCUCCGGUGAAUGGGCAUCUGCAUCCAGGGUCGUGGAUGACAUCGCACUGAACAACAGGGCACUUUCCAAGGAAAGCGUGGAUUUCAUGAUCAAACAUACGCUUACUCCACGCAGACCUGGCGUCGGGCCGGCGCAAGGGACAAACUCGUCCCCUACCAACGAAGUCGCUUUCGUCCUCCGAGUUCUGCGGCGCGUCGUCCCAGCGGGCACACCUGUGUCUCCCGAGCUUUGGAUUGAAAUGCUGAAACGACUUGGCAUGACCAACGAGUGGGAGGAGCUUCGCAAUUGCUGCUUGUGGUUAGCCCAACAAUAUUCCUCUGUUGAAAAGCAGAGAAGUGCGAUGUCAGUCGUCAUGUCUUUGACUGAGGAGCCCAAAAUCAAGCAUGCUGAUCAGUCCCGCGACCAUGGUGAUUCAGUUCUACAAAAUGUCUUCGACAGAAAUAUGCAGGCAGCUAUCGUCGCCUGGGGCUUCAAAAUGCGAGUCUCUCCUGAUCCCAAUCAUAAGGGGUACUGCGCUCUAGGACUCGAAGAUCUAGUUCCUUGGGUAAGAGGCUUAGUUCUGCUACGUGAACUAGAGCAAAGCGGCAUCCAUUUGUGGACCAACCGGAUCCAACGGGCUUGCCGACACCGCUUGGCUGUUCUCUUCGGCCAACCGCGGCAGUCUAAUCGACAUAUGAACCGUAUGUUACGGCGAGAGAACCCAUACGACGCGGAGCGUGUGAUUACCGACAUCAACCGUGUUUGGAAGGAUCCAGCGUUGUUCGAUGUCCGAGAAGACGAUAUGUACCGACUGAUCAAUCCUCCUAGUUCGAAGAUGUCGCAACGCAGGACAAGGCGAACGUUGUGGAGAGAAGCAUGCUUGAAAGGAACAGCCUUCGUCGCCACUAAAUGA